GAAAAAGAUACUAUUGGUCCACGUGGCAUCCAAAACAGAAACCUCUAGCCGAGAUUCUACUUGGUCUGAUAUGCUGCCUGGUCCAUUUCUGGAUUUUGACAUGAGAACAGAAAAAGAAAAAUAUGUAUUGGCUUCAAAUCUUGUCCUUUGACAGCAGAGCCCUUUUUCGUAUACAUAUAUAUCUCUCUCUCUCCCACCUUCACAUGCGUUGAUGAUGGAGCUUCCACCACCAUUUUCAUCGAGUUCGACCAACCGACUACCACUGUCAUUACCACCAUCUUCUUCUUCCUCACAAUUUCUUCGUUGCAGCUGCAUUAUUCAUGUCUGCCACUUGCUCUACUUUCCAGUUUUUGCUGCCUCUGCUCAUGUUCUUCUCGUUUCUUAUUUAGUCUCGAACCAGGAAAGAAACUCUUGUGCACGUCCUUCCCCCACUUCCAUCUCGCGCUUACUACCACGCACUCACACUCAAACAUGUUUGAUGCAAGUUGACAUAAAGGUGAUCAAACACAGACUUUAACCCGUGUAGCUUCACUAUUUAAUACCAACCCCGGGGAAAUUUCUCUUCGUUCGAAUACCAUUUCUGUUAACUGUAGCGUUGUUUCCAAUAUGUCCUUCUCCUGCACCAAAAACUUCUUCCAACGGUUCUGCGUUGAUGAAUUUCAAAUGGAGAGCAUAAAACAUGCAAGCUUCUUCUCCAGCGAUAUCCUGCCAUCACUAGGAGCCAGAAUAAACCAGACGACCAAGCUUCGUAAAUACAUAAUUUCACCUUUCAAUCCAUUUUACAGGUUUUGGGAGAUGUGGCUGGUUCUGCUUGUAAUUUACUCUGCCUGGAUUUGUCCCUUUGAGUUUGCCUUCCUAACUUACAAGAAAGAUGCACUGUUCAUUGUCGACCACAUUGUCAAUGGCUUCUUUGCCAUUGAUAUCAUUCUCACCUUCUUUGUAGCCUAUCUUGACAGCCACACGUAUCUUCUAGUUGAUGAUCCCAAGAAAAUCGCAAUCAGGUACCUGUCUACCUGGUUUAUUUUUGAUGUCUGCUCCACAGCUCCAUUUCAGACUUUCAGUCUCCUCUUCACCAAUAACGGAAGUGAACUUGGUUUUAGAGUACUGAACAUGCUAAGACUCUGGCGUCUCAGACGAGUCAGCUCACUGUUUGCAAGACUUGAGAAGGACAUCCGGUUCAACUAUUUCUGGACCCGUUGCACAAAGCUGGUUUCUGUCACCCUGUUUGCAGUACACUGUGCCGGAUGCUUUAACUAUCUGAUUGCAGAUAGAUACCCUGAUCCCAAGAGAACAUGGAUUGGUGCAGUCUUCCCAAAUUUCAAGGAGGAAAGUCUUUGGAAUAGAUAUAUAACUGCGCUUUACUGGUCUAUCACCACAUUAACUACCACAGGUUAUGGAGACUUACAUGCUGAGAAUCCCAGAGAGAUGCUGUUUGACAUCGUUUACAUGCUGUUCAACUUGGGAUUAACUUCUUACCUCAUCGGGAAUAUGACAAACCUCGUAGUUCAGUGGACCAGCCGCACCAGAAUUUUUAGGGAUACAGUCAGAGCUGCUGCAGAAUUUGCUACACGAAAUCAACUGCCCACUCGCAUACAGGAUCAAAUGUUGUCACACAUAUGCUUGAAGUUCAAAACAGAAGGGUUGAAGCAACAGGAGGUCAUUAACGGGUUGCCAAAAGCCAUC